UUCCGCAAUCGUUGGUGAUGUCAACAGCGUCGGCUCAGACCUAUCUCAACCUGUUUGCCCGUGAAACUCGAGUAGACGAGCAGGAAGCGGUUGAGCAAGAGGGAGGAGGCAAAACUAAGAACAACACCGUCACCUCCAUUCUUACACAGUCCCAGGAGACAAAAGAGACGAGGGAACUAAAGUGGACUCCAAACAGAUACGCUCAAACAGCAUCAAUGCGGUUUCACUGGAUCGCGUGUGUUUUCUCCAUCCUGGUGUCCAUGGGCGUGCUGAUGGUCAUUGUGGGCCAGCGCCAUGUGAUAGAAAUGCUCAACAAGACGGAGGACAGACUCAAAGUGGAGUCGGAGAGACUUUCUAAAGAGCAUCCGCAUGAAGUCCAGCUAAAAGACUUGGCGGAAAAGGACUUUUCUCAGAAGCUGAAAGAAGUGGAGGAGAUGGAAACCGUAGUGGUCAAACUCCUCACAGGCAUGGAGCCAAAGAAGGAAGAAGUUCAGAACUGUCAAGCAGAAAUGAAAGCAGACACCGACAGUUUGAAUGAAGCAGAGAAGGCACAAAAGGAGAAUGAAGCCAACCUGAAAGCCGAAUCUGGUGUCUGGAACCAGGAGAUCGAUUCCCUGAAAGCAAAACUGCUUGAGCACAGUCCAGUAUGUGCUUAUGUGAAGAAGGGCGCCAUGAUUGGGAAUUUAUGUGGCAGUAAAAAUCAGUGAGAGUAAGUUCAUUCGACUGCAGCUUCACAGUGCAGAUAAAUAACGCAGAUAUUCACAGUGUCUUUCAUCUGGCUGCUACAGUAUGUGAAACAUUGCUGACAUGUUUGUGUUAAAAUGAAUGGUAUUUUUACUUAAAAUCUGAGUGGGUGAGGUUUUCUGUGGCUUGUGUUUUCCUGGAUUGUGUGCUGUUGUCCGUCUUGUUGAAGUGCCUCCGUGGUCACUGAUUAAACCCUAAAAAUUAGAUAUAACUGUACACUGUUGCUUCAUCUAGACCAGGGGUGUCAAACUCAUUUUAGUUCAGGGGCCACAUUCAGCCCAAUUUGAUCUCAAGUGGGCUCAAGUAAAAUCAUAGCACAAUAACCUGUAAAUAACCACAACUCCAAAUUUUUCCUUUGUUUUCGUGCAAAAAAGUACAUUCUGAAGAUGUUCACACUUAAGGAAUUAUCUUUUUACCAAACAUUAAGAACAAACUGAAAUUUCUUAAGAAAAACAAAUUCAAUUUCAACAACAUUAUGCCUCAGUUUAUCAUUUACACAUUACAAGUAUCUACAAAGGAACAAAGCAUUUCGUCACAGGAAUCUGGAACUGAACAAUGUAGUAUUUUACUUUACAAAGGACAAAAAACAACAGAAACAAGACAAAAUGUUACAAAAAUGAGACACAUAUCGACAAAAGUGAGGAACAAAAUGAAAAAAAUGAGACAAACAACACAAAACAAUAAAAAAGACAAAAAAUUAGACAAAAAAAUGGACACGAGACAGAAAAAUGACAAAAGCGAGAAGCAAAACCACAAAAAUGAUACCCAAAACAAUGAAUAAAGCAAAACAAAAAAUUACAAAAAUGAGACAAAAAACACAAACGAGACAAAAAGGAAAUGCAAAAAUGUGAGACAAACAAUAAAAGCCCGACAUAAAAAGACAAAAAACAACAAAAACAAGACAAAAUAUUACAAACACAAGACACAAAAUUACAAAAGACCAAUCUAGUAUUUUACUCUAUGAUCAAACCAACUUGUCAUGGUCUAGGAAUUAUUUUAAAUUUAUAGUUUUACAAAUUUACAAAUCACUGUUAAUGUCUUCUCUGUAAUUUUUACACUUUACAAAGUCGUCCUGUGGGCCGGAUUGGACCCUCUGGUGGGCUGCAUGUUUGACACCUCUGAUCUAAAACAUAAAAUUCCUGCCUCUCUGUCUGCUGCUCUCUGCAACUCAAGCACACCAGCUCACUGCCGACGCAAACGCUAUAACACUGCUUUGCAGUGGCAAGUUGUAAUAUUGGACUAAUUCAGUCACACAUGUUCGAACUGAAAACUGAUUCUGAAGAAGAACAAUGAAACAGAACAGUCGAGGAAGAUUGGUUCCUUUGGUUUGUGACAGACGAGUCCCUGGACGUCUGAAUCUGUGCAAAUAUUCAGCUGUGGUGUUGGCUGUUUAUUUCGCUCAUUAAGUGUCUUCCUGCAUAUAAAAGACACCAUGUGGACAUGUUAACAAAGUGAAAACCUUCCAUUUCACGAGAUAAUUUUAGGCUGUUUUUGCUGUACCUGCCUUUUUAUUUCUAUGUAACAUGCAAAGCUGAUUUUCUCAUUUUUAUAAAUGCUGUCAUUAUCGCACCAGUUUGUUAUUUGUAGUAUUUUAUGAAGCAUUUAUACAAGUAGAAUACACACAAAUGUCUUAUUCAGCAAGGUAUUUUUAUAUAUUGCAACCGCCCUGUGAAAACCAUGCAUCUGCAAAGCUUUGUUUGAGCUGAGAGAAACAGUUCUGUCAUGCUUUGUCACCGUCAAUCCAGUUGUGUUUGUGAAGUGAAUGUCUGUCCAGCUGUUGCAGUACAGGUGACUCACACAGCUGUAGCAGAACCAAGGCAGCGGAAAUAUAAAAGCAAUAGUCUUACACAAACCAGUCGUUUCAAACAAGUGAACAAUAAUUAACCCUCCUGUCGUCCUGCUGGACAAAAUUGACCCAUUUUAAAGUUUGAAACUGUGGAAAAAAUACAUAUUUUCACAGUGAAACUUCUGAUGUCCACAUUUUCAACAUUUUUGGGAAUUUUUGGAACAUUUUUUGGUGGGGGAAAAAGAAAUGUUAAAAAUGUUUCUUAAGAACAUUCACAUAAAAAUCAACCAAAAUACAGCGAAAUUCGCUGGAUUUUGGUUGAUUUUUUUGUGAAUGUUCUUAAAGAAAAUAUCCAAAGUUUUACUGAUACAUAUGUAAUCAUUUUAGAUAUUUUUAGGAUUUUUUUGGAAGAUUUUUCUCAUUUUUUGAAAAUAUUUACAAGACUUUUCUUGUGAAAUUUGAGUUUGUUUAUUUAUUUAUUUAUUUUUUAAAAAAUAAAACUUUUAAGGGAAACUUUUAAGGAAUUAUUGGAAUUUUCUUCCUGAAGUUUUUGCAAAUUUUCAGAAAUUUGGGGGAUUUUUUUUUUGCUGAAUUUUUGUAUUUUUCUCAGACAAGGAAACAAUAUUUUUGGUGCCCGUAAAUGAGGACAACAGGAGGGUUAAAUACAGUUUAGUAGGGGUUUUUGUUUAAUUAUAGUUUAAACAUUUUUUUCCAAGUCUGCUGGUUUUUAAAUGAUUUGGUUUUUUUUUAUUCUUGGCCACUGAUCUAAAUAAAGUGUAACUGUCUGAAUACUGUACUGAAACGCCAAGAUAGUAAAAUAAAAGUUUCUCGAGAUUGUUGAAAGCAGUAAACUAUUUAAAAGCAGAAAUGUUGGAGUUUCUCUGCCUGAGGGUUGACUGCCACCGAGAAGUAAAAAACCUGCUGACCAAGUU